AUGUCUAAAGCUCAGUACCGCUCCCUUGGAAAGUCUGGUCUCAAAGUCUCUGUCCCAAUUCUUGGUGCAAUGAGCUUUGGUACUUCGAAAUGGGCUAUCCUCAACUUCUUACAGCCCUGGGUCCUUGACGAGGAGCCCUCUAUCGAAAUAUUGAAGGCUGCUUGGGACCUUGGUAUCAAUACAAUCGACACUGCCAACAUUUACUCAAAUGGCGAGUCAGAGCGCGUCAUCGCCAAGUUCAUCAAAAAGUACAACAUUCCUCGCCCCCAGAUCAUAAUUGCAACCAAGUGCAAUGGCCUUGUCGUCAACGAUCCUUCAAUACAUGGGUUCGCCAGACCCGGUCUCGUCGAGCUACCCGAAUACGUUAACCAGUCUGGCCUGUCUCGCGCUGCAAUCUUUAACGCUGUCGAUGCGUCUCUCGCUCGUCUCGAUACCCCAUACAUCGAUCUCUUGCAGAUCCACCGCUUUGACCCUUCAGUCACCCCUCAGGAAACCAUGAAAGCACUUCACGACCUCGUGCAGAGCGGUAAAGUCCGAUACAUUGGUGCUAGUUCCAUGCGCUGCUGGCAGUUUGCCAUGUUGAACGACGUGGCCGCUCGUAAUGGUUGGACGACGUUUGUCAGCAUGCAGGAUGAGUACUCACUGCUCUACCGCGAGGAGGAACGCGAAAUGCUCGCUUAUUGCAAAUUCAACGGAAUAGGUGUCAUACCCUGGGCUCCUCUAUCUGCUGGUCUCCUCGCACGUCCCGUUGGCACAGAGACGACGCGUCUGAAUUCUAUCAAGGGAACCGCUUGGGAGAAAAAGGUAUCCAGUGCGGAUGCGACUAUCAUUAACCGUGUCGAAGAGCUUUCAAAAAAGAAAAAUUACAAGAUGAGCCAGAUUGCGCUGGCCUGGGUUGCAUCAAAGGUGUCGAGCCCUAUCGUGGGUAUCAGCUCUGUACAGAGGCUGCAGGAGAGUAUCAUAGAAGGAAUUGAGCUCACCCCGGAGGAGAUAAAGUACCUGGAGGAGCCGUAUGAGCCCAAGGCCACUCGUGGCCACAUUUAG